GUGAUCCUCCACAAAGAAGGCCUGGGUGAGAGGAGCUAGGGCUCCUUUCCGGGACCUUGGGGGACACCUGCGGGCUCCCCUGCUCAGCGGCCGGCGGGAAGUCCCUCACGCAGCACCGGCCGCGGCCCCUCGGGGGCGCUGCGGAGCCCGGGAGCGGCCAGGCCCGCCCGCCGCGCUCACUCGCUCCGCGGGCUCGCUCGCGGGAGGUUCCCCGGGCAGCCGCGUCCCGCCGCUCCCCGCGUAGCCGGAGUCUCCCGCGCGCCUGCCGCUCCACUCUGGUCCCGCCGCGCCACACGACGCCCCGCCCGACGGCGACAUGGGCGUCCCCCGGGUCGCGGUCGCUUGCGGCCGGCGCUGGGGCCCCGUGCUCUUUGCUGUCUUCCUGGCUGCGUCCCGAGGUCUGGUGGCAGCCUUCAAGGUCAGCACGCCAUACUCCCUGUAUGUGUGUCCCGAGGGGCACAAUGUCACCCUCACCUGCCGGCUCCUGGGCCCUGUGGCCAAGGGGCACGACGUGACCUUCUACAAGACGUGGUACCGCAGCUCUUGGGGCGAGGUGCAGGCCUGCUCAGAGCGCCGGCCCAUACGCAACGUCACAUUCCAGAACCUUCACCUGCACCACACGAGCCACCAGGCUGCCAACAGCAGCCAGAACCUGGCCCGGAGCCACGGGCUGGAGCUGGCCUCUGACCACCACGGCAACUUCUCCAUCACCAUGCGCAACCUAACCUCGUGGGACGGCGGCCUCUACUGCUGCCUGGUGGUGGAGCUCCGGAGCCACCACUCGGAGCACAGGGUCCACGGGGCCAUGGAGCUGCAGGUGCAGAGAGGCAAAGACGCACCAUCCAAAUGCAUUGCCUAUCCGCCCUCGCCCCAGGAGAGCGAAAACAUCACGGCCGCGGCCCUGGCCACGGGCGCCUGCAUCGUGGGAAUCCUCUGCCUUCCUCUCAUCCUGCUGCUGGUCUACAAGCAAAGGCAGGUGGCCUCCAACCGCCGUGCCCAGGAGCUGGUGCGGAUGGACAGCAGCAGCAACACCCAAGGACUGGAAAACCCCGGCUAUGAGGCCUCUCCAACCUCCCAGGGGAUGCCUGAGGCCAAGGCCAAGCCCCCACUGUCCUAUAUGGCCCAGCGGCAACCUUCAGAGUCCGGGCGGCACCUGCUCUCAGAGCCCAGCACUCCCCUGUCUCCUCCAGGUCCUGGGGAUGUCUUCUUCCCAUCCCUGGACCCUGUUCCUGACUCCCCAAGCUUUGAGGUCUAGACCAGCUCGGGUGCAGUGGAUGGCCUGGGGCAGGUGCACUGGAGCUGGACCAGCCCUCGGCAUGGCCUCCUCGGCCUUGGUUUGCUCUCUUCUGCUCUGAGCCCAGACUUUGUGACCCCCCCCCCCCCCGAUGCCCAGACCCUCUCCCCCUCUGGAUGCUGCAGGGGAAGGAAGAUGCUGGAUUGCUCGGUCCCCUCCCAGUGAUGAUGGGGUGCUGGGGUCCCCCUCAAAGACUUGAAGCUCACCAGCUGCAGAUGCCAAAUGACCUGCAUCCUAACAAGUCCCGGAUGCCCAGCUCUGCCAUAGCCUCUCUCUCUGGGACACGAGCCUUGGGGCCUGGGCGCAUCGACGGGACAGUGGAGAGACUCCUGCCGCCCGCGCUGGACCUGGCCCCCGCCCCACCCCCAGCCCCCAGCUCAUCUGAGGCUAUUGCACUCACUCUUUGAGCCCUGGGCGGGGGGUCUCUGGGCCUGGGCGGACCUGGCCCUGGUCACUGGCGCUUGCUCUGUGCUUCUGAGUAGCCAUCUCUCUGAGGGUCUGUCCACAGGUUAAGUGAGUCUAGGGCUCCCGCUGCUUGCAUUCUGAUCCCCAGAGGCUCCGAAACAGGAAGUACGUGUUGGGGCACGGUGGCCGCUGUGCGCCAGCUGAGGUCUUGGGCAAUGUGCAACCAGGCCAGGGGCUGAACUACCCAGCGCCUGUGGGAGGCCUAGGAAGCUGAGUGUUAGGGACCUCUCUCUUGCCCUUGCCAUCCCCAACACCUGCUGCGUGUGGCAGUGGCAAGGGUGGGCACACAAUGUCUCGACACUUCUGAGUGUGCAAAGGGGGUGCUAUUAAAACUACAGGGGGCAAAUGCUGAGCAUACACUGUGAGGGCCCAGCUUGAACCCUUGCUUCUGAGGUGCCCCAGCCCCCUGCCGUCUUUGGCCUGAGGGGCCACACAAUUGCUUCUGCUUUGCUCCAGAACCUUCUGCCCCCUCCUGCUUCCGGGUCUGACCUGCGUUUGUUUUUAUACACACAUGCCAGGGGGUCCUCGGUGGCAUGGCGAGGGGAGGGUGGGGGAGGAAGGGGUGUCUCUCUGUAGUCUGGAGGGAGCAGGGGUGUGGCUGUGCUGUGUGGAGCCCCCCAGCCAGCCCUUAGCAGGACAGGAGCCCUGGGCUGUGCAGAGGCCUCACCUCCAACCCAGGCAUCCAGCUUCCCGCAGCCUACGCUGCUCUGCUGAGCUGGGCCCGGGUGCUGAGAGCCAGGGCUUGGGGUAGCCCCACAGGCCCAGCAGGCGGGGAGAAGUCCGGCCCAUUGCCUGGGGGGCAGGGGCAGGACAGGGGAGCAGUGAGUGUGUGCUGCAGUGGGAGCCACCUGGACAUGCGGCCCUGCAUCCAGGCCCCCUUGGCAGGGCCAAGGGCACGGUCACUGCGGGCUUCCCCUAUGCCUGCUGCUGAGCUGGGGGCCCGGGGCCUUGAGGAGAGAGUGAGCACGUGGCCUGCCGCCUUGAGAAGCCGCAGCACCGAACUGUGUGCUCCUGGGGCCCCUUCUGCAGUUCUGGGACACUCGGCGCCAGCUGCCCUGCAGAGAGGGUCCUGUCCUCACAGCACAAGAGUCGGGGGGGUGACACCUGCUCCAACCCACAAACCCAACUCCCUUCCGCUGGCUCAGCACAAACAGCGCUGCCUGCUGGGGAGGCCUCAGCUGCAGAGCCUGGGGGCCAGGUGACUUCUAAGAACGGAGCUGCCAGAGCCCAGAGCGGGCCCUGCCGGGGCGCAGGCCCCCAUUUCCGCCAUGGCUUCCUCCUGCACACCUCGCGCUCUCCUCUCCCCUGGACCCUCCCGAGUAAGCGCAUCUCGGCUUCGCGGUUUCCUGUUUUCAGAGACACCUACUCUGAGCUCCAGGCUCCCUCUUCAUCCAUGACCAUGACUCUGUCUGCACAGGGGCAGGGGCAGGGGCAGGGGCAGGGGCGGGGCGCUGCGGGCCAGGUGCCUGGGACAGAGUGCGCGGGGCGGGACUGGAAGCUGGCACUGACGGAGGCCCCGGCAGGGGUGUCUGUGCCUUCAGGAAGGAGUUCACUGUGAGGACAGCACCAGGGAGGGGUGUUCGUACCUACGUCCUGUACUGGGGUCAGCGAACACCUCCCGGGGAGAGGCAGCGGCUGCGCAGCACCUGCUGGUCAGACUGGCCCUGCCUGGGGGAGGGUGUUCCGGCACUGCUGGGCCUGCCAGAGUUCCCUACUACCUGCGGCAGCCCUGGGCCUGGGCAGGGGGCUAAUGCCUGGCCUUUCAGGGAGCAAUGCAGUGGGGCCAAGGGGCUCCUGAGGGGACCUCCCCUCCAACCCUGACUCCCGGAAGAGGCCGUGCUGGGUGUCCCUGUAGGAGCACCACAGGGCUGCCCGGUUGUGCUGGGGGUGGGGGGAGGGGAGCAUGCUAAGAUUAUUUUCUGGGAACUGCAAUGGGCAAAAGAGGAACCGCCAGGGUGCUGGCCGCCCAGCCUCUCCCUGCUUUGCAAUCAGUUCUCCUCCCCCAGGGACGCUGCGUCUCCCUGACUGUGCAGAGUUCUGGGUGGGCAGGGGCUUUGAGCUGGCUGCCGAGCUGCUGCCGGAGAGCGAGCCCCUGGGUGAGAGGCUGAGCCAGGCCGCGGCUGGUCCCCUGGAGCACGUGCUGCGGCCGGGGCCGCCUCCCACCUGCCCCCAGCUCUGGUUGCCAGCGGCUGUGCCUGGGCAGACGGGGCCUCAGCAGCCGUCACGGCCAGGCCGGGGGGUUGGGGGCAGGGUGCACAGAUGUUGCUGGUUUUGCAGUUCUGGUCAGUUGGUAUUGCUUCCUGGACUAGGUGUUGAGAGGGAUUCUGAACUGUGGAUAACAGCUGACUGAGACUGCCGAGAUUGGCGGGCGAUGCCUGCCCAGGAGAGGGAAGUGGCAGUACGAGUGUGUGUGCUCUGUCUGUGCUGCUCUGUUAAAAUGCCCUGUGCUCCUGAAACACGUGCGUGUGAGCGAGCUAUUCCUUGUUUGAGCCCCCAGCCCCACCAGGCUUCACUGUCCCCACUUCAUGCAUUUGGAAACCGAGGUUCUGAAGGGUUAGCCUUUUGUCAAAACGAGUGACCUGUGGGACUGGGAUCCAAUGCCUGGGUCUCCUGCUGCCCUGGCCCAUGCCCCUCCUGGCCCCUUGUCACUGAACUGAAUGGUGGUACAGCCCAGGCAUGGUCUUCACCUUGGACUUAACUACAGACAUAUCAGGGCCUGGGGAGAUGAGAUAGGCCCACAAGUCCACAGAUUCACCUCACUCCACAUGGGCCAUGUUCCUGCCUGGGCCCUGCCUGGCCCUUCUUGUGAGUCCAGAAGACCCAGCUGCCCACGUGGAGGCCCCGUGCUCUGCCCUUGGCCUGCAGUAUGGGUGGGGGAGGGGAGAGCCCUCAGUUCAUGGCAGGGCCUGGAGGCCUCUUGCAGGAACUGAGCCGGUGGCCUGAGCAACAUCUGGGCAGCUGCAGGACACCCUUCCAGAAGCAAGGCCAGGAGAAAGUCCAGCUUCAUCCAUGUGUGUGCAGCACCGGGAAGGAGGCGGGUGGGGUUUCCUGAGCCCGCGCCGGUGGGGGAGGCAGGGCUUAGAGCAGAGAGCCCUGUGCACCAGACACGAGGCGUGUGCCAAGAGCAGCGUCCCCGCUCACGGACUAUCAGGCGGGCCCUGCUGGGUAUGUGGGCACCACGUGUCGGGGGCUGGGAGAUUUUACUUGUUCUUUUGCCUGGUCCCCACCAGCCUGCUAGCCAGGGCUUUUAUCACCCGCUGCCUGCAGGGAGGCCUGGGUCAGGCCGUCCUGCCUGCCCGCUGGGCUCCGCUCUUGACCUCUUUCCACCCUUCCGCCUAGCUCCUGACAGCCACUGAGACCCCUCCCCCAAGCCUGGCCUCCCACCACAGCUGUGCCGAGCCGCAGGGCCAGCGCUGGGCGGAGGCGGCCCAGGCUGCUCGCUGGAAUGUCCGGCUCUCAGAACCUGGGGGAGGGGCUCAGGGAGGACAGUGGAGCUGCGGCACGGGGCGGUGCUCGGACCUUCUGGGCUUCUGGGAAGCUGCUGGCCGCUGAGCCCAGGCCCCUGCGUAGAGAGCUUCAUCCCUUAAGACAAGGGCGUAAAGGAGUCUUUCUCCGGAACACCCUCCCCGGUUCCUGGCUCCCAGCAGCUGUCAUGGGGCAGUGUCUCUGCUCCCUCUCCCACCAGACGCGGGGCUCCGCCUCCCAGCUCACACAGAGGUGGUGUCCAAUGGAGAAAACACCCCUACACAUACCCCUGGCCCCCAGGCUGGGCCCGAGCUGCAAGUGGGACUCGGAGGACAGCGCGGGGCCCGAUCUGUGCAGGGUGGCACCUGCCUCCGGCCAGUAGACCUCAGGAGGGCUGUCCAGCCACUGCUUGGGACUCAGGGUGGCUGCGAGGGGCUGGGAGCAUCUUGUCCCUCGUCCUCGACCCAUCCAGCUAUCAGCACACCCAGAGACUGGAUGGUGGCCCGCCAUUCUGAGAGGUUAAUGUGGCCACGGUGACUUCCUGUCUCAAUUCCUGCUUCUAGGGACCACUGCUGCCUCCACACCUGUGUGUUAGGAGGCGAGGGUUCCCGCUGGCUGCCGCCCUGUGAACUCCAGGGCCGUGCAUAUGUGUGGAGGGAGGAGGGGUGUGCUGCCUGGCCCAGGUCCGGAUGGGGAAGGGUGGUGUGGCCAAUGCGGACAGGUGCACACUCAAAGCCUGUCCUCUACCUCCUCCUUACAGAGUCCCAAUUCUGCUUGUGGGCAGUAACGAAUGUAGUUCCCUCCUCCCCCAAGUAAUAAGCCAAUUGUGACAACCUGCCUCACUUUUUUCUAACUUCCCUGGAGCUAAGGUGCCCUUGUGCCCAUGUCUGCUCAGAGACCGAGCAAAAUUCUGGAGGGUGGUUCUGGGAAAGCUUUCACCUUCCUGAUAAAGGAGGAGAAGUGGCUGGCAAAGGAUCAAAGUGGACUUGAUGGCUGGAGCCAUAGCAGCUAUCUCGCAACCAUGAGCAAAAGGCUAAGAAACAUGAGCCCUGACAUCACUGAGCCCAGCAUCACCAUCUGUAAUUCUCUCCAGAAUCCCUGUUAGGUGAAGGAACGCAUCUUGAUUUGUGACUCCAUAGUUAAGCGUCCCUUUACUUGGAGACAAACAUAUCUUUCAAUGCCAUUGGAGGGAUGACCAAGAAGAGUCACUCUGAGGGUAGGCGCAGGGUGGCAGAGUUCUGUCAAUACUGGGUCCCCCCACGGCACCUCCGUGACACCCUUGCUUCCAUUGCCCCUGCCCCCAGGCGGUUACAGCUGUCCUGUGAAUGCUCCUCUCAUUAGCCCACUUCUUGGGCCCCUGGGAGUACUGCCCCACCCCCACACCCUUCCUAGGAACUCCCCUCCCACAGCAUCAUUGCCAAAGGGAGGGGCUCAUCUGCAAGGAGCUGCAGGCUGAGGCCUCACUUGCAUCAAAACCCUGGUGGGGACGGAUUGCAAGGCUGUGCCUGCUCCUGACCCCUCCGGGGGCCUCACUCUUUGCAAUAGUUUGCCUCUUAUUUCUUCAAACAGCGGCAUUUAUGUCCCCAUAUCAAAACCGGGCUGGUCCCGCUUUGGUCAAGAGAUUUUCAUGAACAGUCUUGUGCCAAUGCCAAACUUGGUGCCCGUGAGGCCCCGCAUGCUUCUGCUCUCUCCCCUGCAGCCUUCCCAGUGCCAUAAGAACAAGCCUGGGGCUGCCCAGCUGACCUGCCACUGCCUACCCGUGAAUCAGAGUGCUGUGUGGAGAGCAGAAGAACCGCCCAGCUAAGCCCAGUCUAAAUCACCAGCCUGCAGAAUCAGAGCUAAAUAAACGGCUGCCGUUUUAUGCA